GUGGCGUCAAAGAAUGGCCGAUGCCAUCUAUAAUCCACCUUCGAAAGCUGCUACGGCCGAAAGAACCCGCCAGCCAAAGAACAGACCUGCCGACCUCCCGCAAGGACAACAGAAAAUCCGCCGCCGCAAUAGGACUAUCGCAUCAUGUAAGGGCCCGACUGUUUACGCCUCCGAAUCAAUUGCCCUGACUCUCUGCAGGNNCUUGAGCUGCCGCCAGCGCAAGUUGAAAUGCGACAAACAAGUGCCAUGUGGUAACUGUCAGCGGUUUCAGAGAGAUUGUUUGUACAUUGCUCCAGCCCUAGAUACUGCUGCUCAGCAGAAGCUGGCCGAGAUAAAGGAUCGCCUUGGUGACCUCGAAGAGACACUUGAACGUGAUGUCGCUCGCCGUGCUGCCGCUAAAUCAGCUCCCGACCGCUCUUCGGUCGUACCUAAAAUCGAAGCCGAAGAUGAUGAUUAUGAUGGCUUGUCGGCAGACGAUGAACAGGAUCCUGAGCCCUCUCCCCUCGGCAUGUUUGACCAGGUAUAUGAUAACGAUGCCGACGAUGGACUUAUGGAUCUUGGUAUUCAGCUCGGCAAGUUGCGAAUGUCUGAUAGAGUGGGUGGUCUAGUGCAAGCCACAAAAGUCAGAAUCUUUACUGUCAACGCCACGGCUAUACUGAUCCAACCUGGAGCCGUAUCCCAAGAACACUUUCUCAAUCCUGGGCCAGACUUCAUCGUUCCGUCUUCAAAUCUGUUCUUCCCAGAUCCCGUCACGGCAUACUUCCUCCCUCCUCGACACGUCGCUGAUCGACUUAUCACACAAUACCUCAACGCCGUACAUCCAGUCGCUCGUCUAGUUCAUCAACCCACCUUUGAGGGACAUUACAACCUGUUUUGGACCAACCUCAGCAAUGGUACAAUUACACCAGCUCCUAUCCAAGCCAUUCUCUUCGCUGCCAUGUUCUCGGCGGCGGUCAGUCUGUCAGAUGAUACAGCUGCAUCGUUUUCUGACAUGCCAAAACAUUCACUCGUCGACAGGCUUCGUGAAAUGACCGAAUUCAUGCUUUCUAGAGCCAACCUUCUAAGGACGACGAAGAUAGACACUAUGCAAGCCUUUAUUAUGUACAUGGUAAGAGUUUGUGGAAAGCAUGUCCAGUAUCUCCAGCUGAUGUCUCUANNGCUUCCUCUAUGUCGAACAGAAAUUUCGAGAGCACACUCGGCACUAGUGGGAACAGCUAUCCGACUUGCGCAAUGCAUGGGACUCCAUCGCGAUGGUACCACCUUUGGUCUGAGCGCUGUAGAUACUCAUGUUCGAAGAUUGAUCUGGUACCAAAUCUGCUUCCUGGACGUUCGAACUUGUGAAGCUACAGGACCUCGACCGCAGAUUCGCAAAGAGGAAUAUGAUACGAAACUGCCUUUGAACGUCAAUGACACAGAUCUUACGCUACCAUCACCACCAACCGAAGAUCUACUUUACUGGACAGACAUGACUUUGUCUAAGCUCAAGUUUGAGUGUUACGAACUCAUCCGCCAACUUUGGGUGGAUAUGCAGCGCAUGGAUCAGAAAAAGCUUUCGUUGACUUCUAUCCUGAACAGGAUUAAGAAGUUCCGCGCAACCACUGAAGCCAAAUAUUCUCCUCUGGUACAAGGCAAUACACCAAAGCAGAUCCUUGCGAAACAGAUGUAUCGCGCCUCGAGCAACAGGGCUCUAGUCGUGAUCUUGCAACGCUAUGCUGUUGGAACAAAUUAUCCCAUGCCCGAAAGACUGCGUAACCUACUUACAGAGGCCUGCAUGGGUACCGUCGAAGCUGGUAUCGCUAUGGAGACUCGUCAAGAGCUGUUGCCGUGGGCUUGGUAUCGUGGGGCAAUCCUGCAGUAUCAUGCCGCAGUGCUUCUGGUGUUCGAGGUUUACGCCAGACCAGAAAUGCCUGAGGCGGCGCGGAUCUGGAGCAGUCUUGACUACAUCUUCGAGACCCCGCCUCAAUCGUCCCAGCUGGACAAAGCAGAGGGCAUUAUCAUCACGCUUCGUGAUCGCCUAGAAAAAUAUCACAGCGUAAGAAAACUACGUGCAACAGCCGAUGUCGAAAGCCAAUCCAGUCCGGGACCAUCGACGACUUCACAGUUAAAUACGCCCGUCACAGCUCCGCACAUAACUCGCUCUGCUCAAACAUUCACCACUCCGACAAUGGUUUAUUCUCAACUACCUCACAAUGAACAAGGACCUGCUUCCGAUGCCAGUGGAAGUCAUGUAGGCGUCAAUCGCGAUUCCUCCGCUGAUCCAGGCAUGGAAGCAGUGGCCAACAUGGAUUGGUAUUUUGCUCCGAAUGCAGAACUGGGCACGGUCGGUACGAUGGCUAAUUUCAGUCUCGGCGGCUUUAACCCUCAUCACGCAUACUUCUCGCUUCCAAGAGCCCACCAAGCUGACACACAUCAACGA